AUGAUUUCGCUGCUUGGCGUGCUCUGCAGGGAGGCGGGGAACGCUGUGAGCGGCCCACGCCACCUGCUGCGCAAGCUCGAACCAAUCGAGAACUUGAAAGGUGUCCCUUUUGUACGUGCGUGGAUAGACUGCUAUCGUUGUCAUUUUCGACUCUGGCUGCACGGUGUCGAGCAUGGCGACAUCAGUCUAUCCAACCUCAUGUACGACCCAGACAUCCAGCGUGGCAUGCUGAACAACUUCAACCUCGCAGUCAUUCAUGAAGGACCUGGAGAGUGCACGCCUGCUGGGAAAAUGCGCAUGGGAAUGGUCUCCUUCAUGGUGUUGGAUCUUCUGACGCCGGGCUACUAUGGUGGCAAGAUCGCCCGCCUAUACCGCCACGACCUCAAGUCAUUCGUGCUCCCCUUCGCCCUUUUGCGCAGUUACAGCACUGACCAGGAUGCCCAGCUGGACGCUUGGUGCACGAGCAAUUACGACCGGUGCUGCCAGGAAAAAUCCGAUUUUCUGAUCACACAUCUCUAUAAGGCAGGGGCGCUACAUGCUUGCGAAGCCAUUUGGAGGGGAAUUGGGCUCGCUGCCUUUAGCUGGCUUUAUUACAGCAAGCUCACGAUGCAUGAGAAAGAGAACACGGAGCUGUGGUACGGUCCUUCCGAGGACUCGGCCCACAAGAUGCUCAAGAUGUUCGAGAAAAAGCUGGCAGCAUCCUUGUGUACCCACCCUGUUGCCGGACUUCGCUUUGAACUGCUUUCUGACGCUCAGUUGCGUCUGUAG